GGCUAUAAAGCACCUUUUUAUGCAAAGAAGAAAAAACGGAAGGAAGCAAAAAUGGCUCAGGGUUCGCAGAAGUUUAAAGCUCAGCGUCCAGGAUCCAAAAAACAACAACAGAGCAAACAGAAAGGCCCGAAGAAAGGAGGGAGGAUCAUAGCACCGAAGAAGGCUCAAGUGGUUCAGCAGCAGAAGCUGAAGAAGGGUCUAGAGGUUGCCAUCAGGAACAAGAUUGAGCAGGAGGUGACCCAGAAGGCCAGCUCCUCCCUCCACAAGCCGCUGAGUGUGAUUAAAACUCCCGAGGCUAAAGGAAACCCUGGAGCAGCCCGUCCUGGAACCAGCUCCAAAUAAAACCAGCUCGCUCGAGACCUGAGUCUUCUGGUUUUAUAUUACAAAUUGAUUAAAAUGAAGUUUGAAUGGGUUGCAAUUAAUAU